AUGACCUGGGACGCCGUCUUCGUGCGCCUUCUGAGCCGCGAGGGGAUCCUCCUCGCGGUCGUUGCUUACGUAGUCUACCUCGCCGGCCUUGGAGUGUACAACCUGUACUUCAGUCCGCUCGCGAAGUUUCCUGGCCCGAGGCUGGCCGCCCUCACCACCUGGUACAACGCGUAUUACGACUUGGUGGUCGGCGGCCAGUUCGUCCACGUGGUGGAGGAAUUGCAUCGGAUCUACGGCCCCGUCGUGAGGGUUCGGCCGGACGUGCUUGCCGUCAACGACCCGGACUUCGUCGACAAGAUCUACACACAGCAUCCGAGACUGAGACGGGAGAGAUAA